AUGUCGCUCAUAGGACGACUUCUCCACCCCCACUAUCUGGCCAAUGCGGCUAUUGCACUCUCAUACCCCAUCCACCAGAUCAUCAACCAUCCCGACCUUCUCUCCACUGCAAGCUUCGGUGCAUACUCGCGCUACCUCCUCCCCGCCAUGGCGCUGAUCACAAUCAAAAUCCGAGGCGCCCAGUCUCCUGAAGAACUCGUCAGCGUCAUAUCUCUUUACCUGAAAGUCUUUUCUCUCUAUGGAUACUGGGCUGUUUCGUAUGAGCCAGUCGAGUUCUUGGGCUCAGACUGGAGCGGACAUUGGCGAUUUGUCCUCUAUCUGCUCGUGUGGACAGUUGUGUUCAUUGCACUUCCUCAACCUCCUUAUCAAGGCCCCUCCAAGGUUAUUUGGCUGGAUUCGGCUCAAUUGAACUAUCUGACAACACCGAGCGAGAAGAAAUCAAAGGGCAAGGGACGCGCGGACGACCAGUCAAACCUGAAGAACAGAAAUCCAAGCGCAAAGAUUGUUGAGUUGAAUGAGGACGAUGAACCCAUGGAUAGCGAAGAAGAAGCUGAGAAGGAACAGGAACAGGAUCAGGGUCGCCACAGCCAUCACCACGAACAUGGUGAACACUGCAACCAUGAUCACGGUGAUGGCCUGCUUCACCCACUUCAGAAGAAGACUUCCGAUCUGGACCCCAGUCAUUAUUGGAUUAUUGCCUUCAACGCGACCUGGAGCUCUCCUUGCCGGUACUUUGAAGCAUCACACGCCAAUUGCUCCAUCAAAUACGACCGGGUGAAUGUGCACUUUGCCAAGAUCGACAUGGAUCUGUUUGUUGAUGGCGACGAGAUUGCAGAACGCUUCAAGAUCAAUUUGGCGGCAACAACUCUGGAUCUUCCUACACUGAUCUUGUUCAAGGACGGCAAGGCGUUGAAGCAACUCCCACCCAAGAUUGCAACCAAAGUGGGAGGCGAUGUUUUGGGCAAGGUCGGCUGGGACCGAUCUGUUUCUUCGGUCGAGUCUGCAUUCGAAUUGGCCAAACUCGGCACUGGGAAAGAGUCGUUUGUGUAA